UUUUUCUGUUAAGGUUUUGAAUCCCAAGGGUAGUGAGGAGCCCUUUUGCAGACCUCCCUCAGCAUGGGGCUGGAGACCCAGAGGCUGCCAGAGGCCGAGGAGGCUCCUGUGAGGGUGGCCUUGCGUGUCCGCCCACUGCUGCCCAAGGAGCUGCUACAUGGCCAUCAGAGCUGCCUGCAGGUGGACCCUGAGCAGGGUCAAGUCACCCUUGGGCGGGACCGCCACUUUGGCUUCCAUGUGGUGCUGGCAGAGGACUCGGGGCAGGAGGCUGUCUACCAGGCCUGUGUGCAGCCCCUCCUGGAGGCUUUCUUUGAGGGCUUCAAUGCCACCGUCUUUGCCUACGGUCAGACGGGCUCCGGGAAGACGUACACCAUGGGGGAGACUAGCGUGGCCUCCCUGCAUGAGGAUGAGCAGGGCAUCAUUCCGAGGGCCAUGGCUGAGGCCUUCAAGCUCAUCGAUGAGAAUGACCUGCUGGACUGCCUGGUGCAUGUGUCCUACCUGGAAGUGUACAAGGAGGAGUUUCGGGACCUGCUUGAGGUGGGCACCGCCAGCCGGGACAUCCAGCUGCGGGAGGAUGAUCGUGGAAAUGUUGUGCUGUGUGGGGUGAAGGAGGUGGACGUGGAGGGCCUGGACGAGGUGCUGAGCCUCCUGGAGAUGGGCAAUGCAGCGCGGCACACGGGUGCCACGCACCUUAACCGCCUCUCCAGCCGCUCGCACACAGUAUUCACGGUGACCCUGGAGCAGCGGGGCCGGGCCCCCAGCCGCCUGCCCCGAACUGCAGUGGGCCAGCUGCUCAUCUCCAAGUUCCACUUUGUGGACCUGGCUGGCUCAGAGAGGGUCCUGAAGACAGGCAGCACUGGAGAGCGACUCAGGGAGAGCAUCCAGAUCAACAGCAGCCUGCUGGCGCUCAGCAAUGUCAUCAGCGCCCUGGGGGACCCUCAGCGCCGAGGCAGCCACAUCCCCUACCGGGACUCCAAGAUCACCAGGAUCCUCAAGGACUCUCUGGGUGGUAACGCCAAGACAGUGAUGAUCGCCUGCGUCAGCCCCUCCUCUUCUGACUUUGACGAGACCCUCAACACCCUCAACUAUGCCAGCCGCGCGCAGAACAUCCACAACCAGGCCACGGUCAACUGGCGGCCUGAGGCUGAGCGCGCGCCGGAGGAGACGACGACCGCCGGGACUCGGGGGCCACCUCGGCACCGCUCCGAGACUCGCAUCAUCCAUCGUCCGGGGCUGCGGGACGCAGCCGCGCGCAAAGUGCACGACUGGCUGUGCGCUGUGGAGGGCGAGCGCAGCGCCCUGAGCUCUGCCUCUGGGCCGGACAGUGGCAUCGAGAGCACCUCCACAGAGGACCAGGCGGUGCAGGGGCCUGGUGGGCAAAAGGAAGAUGGUGGUGCGCAGCAACUUCUGGCCCUGCAGAGCCAGGUGGCCCGGCUGGAGGAGGAGAACCGGGACUUCCUGGCUGCGCUGGAGGACGCCAUGGAGCAAUACAAGCUGCAGAGUGACCGGCUAAGGGAGCAGCAGGAGGAGAUGGUGGAGCUGCGACUGCGGCUGGAGCUGGUGCGGCCCAGCUGGGGGACCCCAGGCCUCCUGCAGGGCCUGCCUUCUGGGCCUUUUGUGCCAAGACCUCACACGGCACCCCUGGGUGGUGCUUGUACCCAUGGGCUGGGCAUGGUGCCCCCUACCUGCCUCCCCAGAGAUGAAAUUGGCCCCAAGCAGCAGGACGAGGUGCCAGAUGGCAGGGAGGCUGGAGCUGAAGUGCUGGCUGAGGCAGACAAGCUGGGAAGUGGCUCUUCGGCUGCAUCUGAGGAGGAAGAGGAGGAGGCGCCCAGGCAGACCUUGCUCCUGCACAGAAACGGGAUCAGCAACUGCAUCCCAAGGGCAGGGGUGCGCCCAGGGAGCCCACCAGAGAGGAAGGGCACAGAAUUCCAUCUGGAAGAGCCAGACACUGCCCUUGAGGGGCUCAGAGUGCUUGGUGGGAACAGAGCCUUGGCUCAGAUCCGCCAGGCCCCUACUGCCAUGGCCUCUGAAUGGCGGCUGGCCCAGGCCCAGCAGAAGAUCCGGGAGCUGGCCAUCAACAUCCGCAUGAAAGAGGAGCUCAUCAGCGAGUUGGUCCGCACAGGGAAGGCAGCCCAGGCCCUGAACCGCCAGCACAGCCAGCGGAUCCGGGAGCUGGAGCAAGAGGCAGAGAGGGUGCGGGCCGAGCUAAGUGAGGGCCAGAAGCAGCUGCGGGAGCUCGAGGGCAGGGAGCCCCAGGACGCAGGCGAGCGGUCCCGGCUCCAGGAGUUCCGCAAGAGAGUGGCUGAGGCCAAGAGCCAGGUGCAGGCACUAAAAGAGAAGAAGCAGGCCACGGAGCGGCUGGUGUCACUGUCGGCCCAGAGUGAGAAGCGGCUGCAGGAGCUGGAAAAGAACGUGCAGCUCAUGCGGCAGCAGCAGGGCCAUUUGCAGAGGCGGCUGCGUGAGGAAACAGAGCAGAAGCGGCGGCUGGAGACAGAGAUGCACAAACGGCAGCACCAGGUGAAGGAGCUGGAGCUGAAACAUGAGCGGCAGCAGAAGAUCCUGAAGAUCAAGACAGAGGAGAUUGCGGCCUUCCAGAGGAAGCGGCGCAGUGGCAGCAAUGGCACUGUGGUCAGCCUGGAGCAGCAGCAGAAGAUUGAGGAACAGAAGAAGUGGCUGGACCAGGAGAUGGAGAAGGUGCUGCAGCAGCGACGGGCACUGGAGGAGCUGGGUGAGGAGCUGCAUAAGCGGGAGGUCAUCCUGGCCAAGAAGGAGGCCCUGAUGCAGGAGAAGACGGGGCUGGAGAGCAAGCGCCUGCGGUCCAGCCAGGCCCUGAAUGAGGAUAUCGUGCGAGUGUCCAGCCGGCUGGAGCACCUGGAGAAGGAGCUCUCCGAGAAGAGUGGGCAGCUGCGGCAGGGCAGUGCCCAGAACCAGCAGCAGAUCCGUGGGGAGAUUGACACCCUGCGCCAGGAGAAGGAUUUGCUGCUGAAGCAGCGCCUGGAGAUUGACAGCAAGUUGAGGCAGGGCAGCCUGCUGUCGCCCGAGGAGGAGCGGACACUGUUCCAGUUGGAUGAGGCCAUUGAGGCCCUGGAUGCUGCCAUUGAAUACAAGAACGAGGCCAUCACGUGCCGCCAGCGGGUGCUGCGGGCCUCAGCCUCCCUGCUGUCCCAGUGUGAGAUGAACCUCAUGGCCAAGCUCAGCUACCUGUCGUCCUCAGAGACCAGAGCCCUGCUCUGCAAGUAUUUCGAUAAGGUGGUAACGCUCCGGGAGGAGCAGCAUCAGCAGCAGAUCGCCUUCUCGGAGCUGGAGAUGCAGCUGGAAGAGCAGCAGAGGCUGGUGUACUGGCUGGAGGUGGCCCUGGAGCGCCAGCGCCUGGAGAUGGACCGCCAGCUGACACGGCAGCAGAAGGAGCACGAGCAGAGCAUGCAGCUGCUCCUCCAGCAGGGCCGGGACCACCUGGGUGAGGGCUUUGCAGACAGCAGGCGGCAGUAUGAGGCCAGGAUCCAGGCUCUGGAGAAGGAACUGGGCCGCCACAUGUGGCUGAACCAGGAGCUGAAGCAGAGGCUGAGCGUGGGGAGUGCCACCGGCCAGAGCAAGGGUGGGGAGAGGAGGAGCCUCGGCCUGGAGAACAGACAGGGCCCUGGACAUGAUGAGGGGCUGCAGGUCGCAGGGCCAGAGCUUCACUGGCAGCCGCCAUUCCCCGACAGCGCCCCCCGCGCCCGGGAGGAGACGCGCGACUUGAUCCACGCCCCGUUACCGCUGACGUGGAAGCGCUCCAGCCUGUGCUGUGAGGAACCCGGAUCCUUGGAGGAUCCGAGGCCACGGGAAGCAGCUGAGCCCCUCGUGGGGCGGGUGCUACCCGUAGGCGAAGCCGGCCCGUCCUGGAACUUUGGACUCCUGCCCAAGCCACGGUGGGAGCCACGAAGGGCCAGCCCAGGGAUGAUUGACGUCCGCAAAAACCCCCUGUAGACCGGUGGGGCGGACACCACCUCGAGGCGAUUCUCAUCCCACUGAAGGGUGCAGUUGCUUGGUUCCAUCCAUGAAGGAUAGUCCUUACCUCACACCCAAAGCCAGUCCUGGGUUAUACUCCAGCCCUCAUUUAAACAAAAUAUGCAAGUUCCUACCACCUACUUCCUUUAAGCAGCAGGCACUGAUUGGUGGCUUUUGGCUUGCCCAAGUUUAAGGGCAAUUCUGAUUUCAAGCCUAAACUAUGUGCUUGAAGGUCCCUUAAGAUGGUCAGCAGCAACGGGAUUGUGGUUUAUCUGGUCUCAUGUAGACGGGGGAGUUAGGGAAUUUGUUAGCAUACUUUUUAGAAUUUUUUUGUCAUUUCAUAAUAAACAGGGAAACAUAGUUUGGAUCUUACA